AUGGCUGGACCUGUUGAAGUUCUCUCUAUGCAACCACACGCUCUUGAUACUCCUCCCCGAACACCUUACAAAGGUUUUGAUAGCCUCAAUUCCGGCAAGGAGAGCCCUAGAAAGGUGAUUGGAAAGUUUCCAACCGAUUCGAGUCUUGGAGAUGUGUUCUAUGAUCCUUCUCCCACUUCUAUUUCUUCACCUCGACCUCGUGAUGAUUCCAAUCAAGAGAUCAUGCCUGAAGAUCCUUUUGAUAGUCAACACAACCGCAUCCUGUUUGAUGCAAUUGAUGCCCUACAAUCCUUUGGUGCCGGUGACUUGAGCAUUCCUCAGCUCAUUAUAGUGGGAGGACAAUCUUCUGGAAAGUCGUCUCUCCUCCAGAGCUUGACUGGAAUCCCUUUCCCAGUCGACAGCGGCUGCUGCACUCGUUUCCCCACACGCAUUGUCUCUCGCCGCACAGAACCAGACAGUGACGAUUCAUUCCGCAUCACUAUUGAUCCCGCUGAAGUUGAUGUUCCUGGUUUGGACCCUGCAUCUGACAACAUCAAGAACUAUGAGUGCAGCGGCAAGAUCCUCACUAAAGAGAAGUUUGCCAGGGUCAUUGAUGAAAUAUCCUCUGAGUUCAUGGGCCUUCGAACUGGUCUAGGAGAAGACAGAAAGAACUUCGUAGCGGAAGUCCUUAAGAUCGAACUGUCAGGCCCCCACCGCUCCUAUUUCAGUAUUCUCGACCUUCCAGGCACAUUUCAGAAUGCCUCUGCUGUUAACGAGACAGAUCAAGCCAAGGUCGAGGCUAUGGUCAAGGAGUACAUGAACAAUGAAGACAACAUCGUCAUAUGCGUUAUCGAUGCACCUACCGACUUUGACCGACAGGAGAUUUUGAGGCUGGCCAAGAAGCCCAUCAAGCAAAACCGCUUCGUCGGUGUUUUCACAAAGUGCGAUAUGAUUGUAUCCAUCGCAACUGGUAAUUCUACCCAUAGCCUUGGACGUCUAACUGGCGGCUGGUUCUUGGUUCGCAACCGAGCAGACAAAGAUCCAGAUUCUUUCGACCUCAGUGCCGCAGAGAAGAAGCUGUUCAGCAAGAGCCCCUGGAACUCUGUUUCUCAAAGCCGUCUAGGCUCAACUGCAGCCAAGUCAUAUCUUGGUACUCUUUUAAGCUCCAAGAUACGCGAUUGCUUUCCAACACUCCGCAGUACAAUUCAGCAUAACCUUGAAGAGAGGCUACACGAGAAGGCUAUGCUUGGAGAGCCUCGUACUAGCCAUGCCGCGAGACAGCAAUUUGUUGUUGCUACUGUUCGAAGAUAUGAAGAGAUGGCGCAGACCGCCCUUGACCGUCCAGGAUUCCUCGACCACAGCAUGGAGCUUCGCAGAGAAGUCAGUCACUUGAAUGCUGAGUUUGACAAGUUCAUGCGAGCACGAGGCGGUACCUGGGAAUUUGAGGACACUGACGUUGAUCCUCGCGUCCUGCUAGAGGAACGUCUGGCUCUUGAGGCACAGGCGAGGGCCGAGGAACAGCAGUUGCCCUUUCGUGAUCGCAAUGUCAACAGGACGAAGAUCGAAGCCUCACUUGAUAAGGCUUUCCCAGGCCUGUCACACAUUGAAGACACAAGACAUCUUAUGGGUGCCAUUCAAGACAAGCUAGCACUCUAUCAGGGGUCUCUUCUGGACGGAAUCGUCAACCCCGACAUCUACCCAGAUAUGUACCGAGAGCAAGUCAAGAAAUGGGGACACAUCGCGAGCAUCCACCUUGCGCGAGUCGCACAAGCCGUAAGUCGAUGUACUGCCUCCAUUCUCAACGAUGUUUGCCCUGCGGAAAGUGACACGUCUACUCUCUCGAGGGAGUUGACCGCGCUCUUGGAAGCUUCGUGGAAAGAAUCCAUGCAGAGAACUGAAGACCUAUGCAAGUCUCAGUGCGAGAUGGAGACAAAGUGUGUGCGACUGCAAUCUACUGGUCCUCGCUUUGGGGACGAGAUUCAUGGCUGGAGAAUCCUACGAUUCUUUGAGGGAUUCACCAGUGCUUGUGAGGGUGCCCGCGGCCCGGGAGAUCUUGAUCUUCCGAAGUGUUUUGAGUCCGUCCAUCCAAGUCUGGGCAAGAACAUGGUUCUUGAUGUCCACGAUGUUCUCAAGGUUUAUUACAAGCUCUCUCUCGACGCUUUUAUUCGUACCAUCAACAACACCGUUAUUGAGUCGUUUAUCUCUGGUCCAGACGGGCCUGUUCUUGGCCUCAACACCAACCGAAUUCUUAGUCUCUCGGAAGAUGAGAUGAAGAUCGUUGGUGGGGAGAAUGAGAACACUGCCAGGAGACGUAAAGAGCUGGAGCAUGAUAUUGAGAAGCUCCAAGGUGCUCUUACCAUCGUCGAUAGGGCGACUCGACAGACAUCUGCCUUGGAGAGAACUUGA